CGGGUGGAGGGCGGGACGGAGGGGCAGGGCCGAGGAGAAGCUUGUGUCGCGGUGCCGUGGAGGCUGAGGCCCGCUCGUGGGCUGGGCCGGGGACUGCGGGACGCGGAGCCACAGGAGGCGAGGUCGGCCUCAGCUUGCGCGCCCCUGCUUCGGAGCCGCGCGCGCUUGACCCGCGCGUCCCGGCGUCGUGCGCCCCAAGACUGGGCCGAGCGACUCGUGGGGGGCGGCGGCUGGGCGUGGGGAGGCGCGCGGCGAGUGGAACGGAGAGCCCGGAGCGUGAGGGAUUGCGGAGCCAGGCGCUGCGGCCGUCAUGUCCGAAGACUCGAGCGCCCUGCCCUGGUCCAUCAACAGGGACGACUACGAGCUGCAGGAGGUGAUCGGGAGCGGAGCAACUGCUGUGGUCCAAGCAGCUUAUUGUGCCCCCAAAAAGGAGAAGGUGGCCAUCAAACGGAUAAACCUUGAGAAAUGUCAAACGAGCAUGGAUGAACUCCUGAAAGAAAUUCAAGCUAUGAGUCAAUGCCAUCAUCCUAAUAUUGUGUCUUACUACACAUCUUUUGUGGUAAAAGACGAGCUAUGGCUAGUCAUGAAGUUGCUAAGUGGAGGUUCUGUUUUGGAUAUUAUUAAGCAUAUUGUGGCAAAGGGGGAGCACAGAAGUGGAGUCCUAGAUGAGCCAACCAUUGCUACAAUCCUCCGAGAAGUCUUAGAGGGUUUGGAAUACCUGCAUAAGAAUGGGCAGAUUCACAGAGAUGUGAAAGCUGGAAACAUUCUUCUAGGAGAAGAUGGCUCUGUACAGAUCGCAGAUUUUGGUGUUAGUGCUUUUUUAGCCACUGGUGGUGAUAUUACCAGAAAUAAAGUGAGAAAGACGUUUGUUGGCACCCCUUGCUGGAUGGCACCUGAAGUGAUGGAGCAGGUUCGAGGUUAUGAUUUUAAAGCUGAUAUUUGGAGUUUUGGAAUCACAGCGAUUGAACUGGCCACAGGGGCAGCUCCUUAUCAUAAAUACCCACCAAUGAAGGUUUUAAUGCUGACACUCCAGAAUGAUCCUCCUUCUUUGGAAACUGGUGUUCAAGAUAAAGAAAUGCUGAAAAAAUAUGGAAAGUCAUUUAGAAAAAUGAUUUCAUUGUGCCUUCAAAAGGAUCCAGAAAAAAGACCAACAGCAGCAGAACUGUUGAGGCACAAGUUUUUCCAGAAAGCAAAGAAUAAAGAGUUUCUUCAGGAAAAAAUACUACAAAGAGCACCUACCAUUUCUGAGCGAUCUAAGAAGGUUCGGAGAGUGCCAGGCUCCAGUGGCCGUCUCCAUAAGACAGAGGAUGGAGGCUGGGAGUGGAGUGAUGAUGAAUUUGAUGAGGAGAGUGAGGAAGGGAGAGCAGCAAUCUCACAACUCAGGUCUCCGCGAGUGAAAGACUCAAUAUCAAAUUCUGAGCUCUUCUCAGCAGCUGAUCCAAUGGGUACUUUGCUCCAAGUUCCAGAACAGAUUUCUGCUCAUCUACCUCAGCCAGCUGGCCAGAUGACUGCACAGCCAGCUCAAGUAUCUCUCCUGCCUCCUGCAGAGCCAGCAAAAACAGCACAGGCUCAGUCUUCAGAACGAUCCCAGGAGACCAAGAUUCCUAUCAGUCUAGUGCUAAGAUUAAGGAAUUCCAAAAAAGAACUAAAUGAUAUUAGAUUUGAAUUUACUCCUGGGAGAGAUACAGCGGAAGGCGUCUCUCAGGAGCUCAUUUCUGCUGGCCUGGUCGAUGGAAGGGAUUUAGUGAUAGUGGCAGCUAAUUUGCAGAAAAUUGUGGAAGAACCUCAGUCAAAUCGAUCCGUCACUUUCAAACUGGCAUCUGGUGUUGAAGGCUCUGAUAUCCCUGAUGAUGGCAAGCUGAUAGGAUUCGCCCAGCUCAGCAUCAGCUAAACUGCAGCCCUGGUGGGUCAGUAAGGAGACGCCGCACAUGGACAUCUGUUGCCCCUGUUGGCCUGAACUUACAACUGCCAAAGAACCCAGCAGCAAACUUCCUGGCUUGGAGCUGUAGAGUUUUUCUUUAUGUUCUUCUUGCCACCAUCCCCCGCCUUAUCCCUCUC